AUGUUAAAUAUAGAUCCUUGUGAUAACUUACUUGAUAAUAAAUAUGAAAUAAUAGAAAAAUUGGGUGAUGGUUUAACUUCCAUGGUUUAUUUAUUAAGAAAUGAUGAAAAUAUUUCUUUAAAUGAUGAUAAAAAACUACAUGUUAUAAAAAUAUCUAAAAGUAGUUUGUUUGAAGAACAUUUUUUAAAUGAAAUUACAAUUACAAACGAAUUAAAACAAUUAAAUGAUCCAAAAAUCUAUGCAUUACAAACAACAAUUGAUGAACGAGAAAAACGUAUAUCAAAAUUACGUACACAAAAAAAUAAAAUUGAAGAUGCUGUUUUUGCUGAGUUUUGUAAACAUAUUAAUGUAGCAAAUAUUCGUGUUUAUGAAGAUCGAGAAUUACAAGCUGCUGAAAAACGAGCACAAGAACGUCUUGAAUUUGAAAAUCAAAUAACAAAAAUUCAAACAAUGCUUGAAUUUGAACGUUCACGUGAUACAGCUGGUCAUGUUGAACAAGUUAAAAAAGAAGUUUUAAAUUUAGAAGAAGCAUUACAAAAAUGUCAAAAAAAUGAAAAAAAAUAUCGUAAAGUUAUUGAAGAUCUUCAACAUGAAAUAGCUGAAAUAAAAGAUCGUUUACUUGAUCAAAAGAAAAAAAUUGAAUUUCAAGAACGUGAUAUAUCUGAAUGUACAAAACGUGCUGCACAAUUAAAUAAAGAUUAUAAUGAACAACGAAAACGUUUACAACUUAUUGAUAGUGAUAUUGAAAAAUUACGUAUGGAUCGACAUAAUUAUUUUCGUACAGCUAAGGUAAUUUGAUUUUCAAACACAUUUUAUCAAGUUGUAUUGCGCAUUGGCGAUAGAUGGCGCCAGUGAUACCAGAGGUAGAACUUGAUAAGACAUUAGUCAAAAUCUGAGCGUUAACUUUUUGUGUUUAUGUUGUGAUAGAAGAUGAUUUAAAAACAAUUAUUAAGUAAAUAUUCUCUUAAAUCAAACAGCAUAAGUUUAAUCACUUUCAUAAAUUUACUAUAAAGACUGGAAGUGAGAGUGAGAAUUAGAAUCAGUCGGGUUGGUUCCGAAUUCAAAAAUAUUUCUACCCGACGAACUCUAGUGGUCUGAGAAAUAUGUAGAAUUUCAUUGAGAUUAUUAAACAGUUAAAAUAUAUUGUCUCCUAUCAAUAGAUAAAUCCGAUGGUUUAAAUAAAUCUCAGUAGCCCCGCUUUUAAGAGCAGAUCCGUCCCAAUAAAUCUGAUCUCAUUUCGGUUGAGGUGAUUUUCAUUUAUCGACUUAAAUCGGAGAAUUUUUCUCUAAAAUCGGAACUAAAAAACUUGAUCACACACAUCUUUACUAAUAACACAGAAUCUAUGCAGAUCAAUUAUGUUUGACAUUUUAAUCCAACAUCAAUUUCACUAAACAACUUUUUGUUUUCUUAGCUUAAUGAAAUUUCAUUACCAUUUAUGAUUAGUAUUUUAUUUUCUCAAUAUAAGUCUUCCGGCAUUUUUCAAUGCACUAUAUUUUUCUUCGUCAUUUUUUUCUCGACAUUUUUUCUGUCGCUAUUUGUUUUUCGCUAUUUUUUCACUCGUUCAAAUCAAUGCCAGUCAUGCCCAUACUCAAAUUAUUUAGUAUGUUCAGAUACUAGACUCAACUCUAAACUCAAAUUUAUUAGAUAAAAACCUGAACCCAGCUCUCAAAUCGCUUGGAUUUGCUAGAUAUCUAAUAAGUAUCGAAGGUACUGCUAGUUAUUGGUAUUGAUGUACUAAACUUAGCUAAGGUUCUUUAUAUGUUUUACGAUGUAUUCCGAAACGAUGAAUGUCGAUUGAAAGAGGCACAAGAAGGAAAUAAUAUGCAAACUUACUUCUAUUAGCAGCGUUACAACAAUUCUGAUAUGAAUAUGCGCGCAUGUACAUAUAUAUAUAUAUGGCGUGCGAACGAUAUAUUGCUUAUAUUUCAAAUGGUUAGUCAUAAACAAUUCUCUACUCAUAUAAAAAAUGACAUCACUCGAUGCGAUAUGGGAUUUUCCCCUCUUUUCCUCGAUGAUUAAUACUGCUAUCUAUUUUUACAUGGUAAAGAAUAGCACCAUGACUUACGUUGUAACAAAGUACUUCAUAAGCCGAAGAGAGAAUUAGAGCAUUCUUUCUGUUCUACGAAAAUAACAGUCUUCGAUAGAUGAAGAUAAUCUACAUGAUUUUCCAACAUACUAGCGAACAGCUAGCUUAGAUAUACGUGUAUUUAAUAAUGGAUUGUUUGUUUUUUCUUCUCUUAUUUCGUUGUCAUUACAGAUAACCAAAUAUAAAAAUCUCUCAUUAUAGGAACAAACAAUGUAAGGAUAAAGGUUGCUUCUUUCGCUCUCAUUCUUCAGUGUUUGCAUUAGCAAAGCGAAAGAGAAGGAAAACAAUGAAAAAUUGAGAAAAUGCAAUAAGAAACUGAGUAUAUUUAUCGGAAGAAGUAGUUGAAUAUGAGUGCUGAAUAAAGAGAUGUUUCGACAACAACUCAGUCGUUUUUUUCAUAUUGCAUGUUCGAAUAAUCAAUAGAAGAAGUCAUUCUUUAUAAGUAUGCGGUAGAAUAAAGCAUGGUGAGUCACUCGAAUAAAUGUAAAGAUUUUUAAAGAGCUAUUUUUCAGAGAAAGAUAUAAUAAGAGGUGAUUUUUUUGCUCAAGAAAGACAGUUAAAAAAUCCUACCGAUAAAAUUAUCCAAAAUCAAGCAAAACGACGCUUCAUUUUCGCAUACUUGCCACAAUACUGGGUGUCCAUUUUCGUUCGAAAAAUUAUUACAAUUUACAUCCCAAGUUUCUGUAAAGCAUGUAGAAAAAUAAAUACGGGAAGAAGCUCUUAUAUUGGUCGAGUAAUUAAUUUCAUAAUAUAAUUCCACUUUGAUAUAUGACACUCUGAGGCAUCGAAAUAUGUUUUAGCUCCUAUUUAUAUAAAGGAAAAUACUUUUGAAUAUACCUAAACCAAAAGAGAGGAAUGAAAUUAUACUAAAACUUGAAAUAGCUUAGUGACUCCAGUUAUCAUACCCUUACUCUGAAAAUGAAUUAAUACAAGUGUCUAUAAAGAAUGGAUGUCAGAUUAUCUUAGUUUAAUUGAAAAUGAAAGUAGAUUUUGUAAGAAAAAAAAGGGUAUUUGUAAAAUACGCUCCGACCCACUCCAAGCGCCGUUUGGCAAAAGAUUUUAUUAAUCGAUAGAUCUUUAUACUUUUAACUCACUAGACGUAACACCAAGCCGCUUUAAUGAAAAAAUCCUAACAAAAAUGUUAAAUAUCCCCUUGCGUGGUCCACUCAAGGGAGAAAAGUGGAUUUCGUCUAUCGUGGAUAUUAUCGCGAUCCAUAGGAUUCCGAGGAUACGGUACCGAUACAUACGAUACAAUUACAAUCUCAAGGUUAUGUGAAGAACUAAGAAGGUAAAAUUUAAUUGAGUAAUGAAAAUACAAAAUCUGUACGAUAGAAACCAUAAAAUUAAUGAAGGGCAACUUUUGCUGAACAUUUCUCAUGGAUAUCAAUGCGUUUAAAGCAUUUCUUUUUUAUAUGUUUUGAAGUCGACAACAUCGUAUUGGGGGUGUGGGUGUGGGUGUAAACGUGCGGUGAGCGCAGCGGACUGGAGAAACGAAUCUUGAGUAUACCCACACCUCACACCCACACCCACACCCACACCCACACCCCCACCCACACCC